AUGUUCUUGACAGUCAUCUAUACGCUACGUAUACCUGCAUUGUUGGCAAUUGGCAUCAACGGAAUCAUGGGUGCAAUAGCUAUUUAUUUACAAACUGAACUAUUUUACGAUGCUACUGGAACUGCUACGUUUAUUUUAUGCACGCUUCUUUCAUUAUGGAACGCUAUUCCAUUUCCAGCAACUUUUUUACAAGGAAUGUUUGAGAUGGAUCUUAGAAGACUUUUGUUGUUUGUAGCAGUACUUGUUUGGGCUAUACGACUUGGUGUGUUUCUGUUUUACAGGGUUCAUGCUCUUGGUGGUGAUCGUCGGUUUGAUACCAUCAAGAUGCAGCCAUUCCGAUUUGCCAUUGUAUGGUUGAUGCAAGCAAUCUGGACCAUUCUUGUUCCACUUCCAAUCUACACUGUAUUGUCUAUUCCCACCUCACUGCAAACGUAUCCACUUGGUAUACUGGAUGGUAUGGGUUUAAGUUUAUUCAUGAUUGGAUUUGCAAUAGAAGGCGUGGCAGAUAUGCAGAAGCUACAAUGGCAGAUCGAAUUGGGAGAGAAACGCUUCUCGCAAGUCAAUACUCGAGGUUUAUGGAACUACUCACGAUACCCAAACUAUUUUGGUGAAAUUCUAGUCUGGAUAGGCAUCUACAUCUGUGCAGUGAAUGCAUUGGAUUGGACUAGAUUGGAUGGGAUUGCAAUGGCUAUCAUGAUGAGCAUCAGUCCAUUGUUUAUUUCGGUUUUACUUUUAAAAGUAAGUGGGAUUCCACUUCAAGAGAAAAUGGCCAUUAAAAGAUAUGCUGGGAAUCAAGAGUAUCAAGAAUAUGUUGAUCGCACAAGUAUGAUCAUUCCUUGGAUUCCCAAAACUUUACCCAAAAAAGUAGACUAA